AAUGAGCAGCGUAUAUAAGCGGCUGCUGUGAGGUGCACUUGCCCCAGACCUGUUUGACACUUCAUCAUGAGACAUUCGGCGGCAUUUGUGGUUCUCGCACUCUGUGCUUUAGCUCUAACCGAGGCAGCGGUUUACAUUGGCGGCGGCUGCUACAACUGUAACCCGCCCAACGGACAGGGUCCCGGCAUCUAUACGGGUGGUGGAAACGGAGGAGGCGGUACACCCAACUACUACAAUCAAGGAGGCGGCCGAGGCGGUGGAAGCAGCAGUGGUCGUCCAGUUUACUCCGGUAACUUUGGCCCAAAUGGAUACAGUGGUGGCGCUGUCGGUCGAGGAGGUGGCGGUGGUGGCAGAGGAGGUGGCGGCGGCUAUGACGAUGGUCUGACGCAAGUUAUACAAUUUAAAUAAUGUUGCUACCUUCUUAGAGUUAGUAAGCUAGUUUUAGCUAAACUAAAGAAAGUGAUUCUAAUAAUUGUACAUAUGUAUAUGUAUGUGUAACUGAUGUAUUUAAUUGUAAGUCCCAAUGCGCUUUGUUUAUUGGCUAAUGAAUUUUGUUUUAAAUUUGUAAA